CUAAAACCCCAACAAGAACCUUCCCCCAGUCCUCUCUCGCGUUCUAUCGUCUGGACUGCUCCUGGUGGUGGCGCGAGCGAGAGAGAUGAAAGGUUUGAGAACCAUUUCUAGGGUUCUAUCCUCCUCUCCUUCUCCCCCUCCUCCUCUUUUUCAGAUUCUAAGCCCCCAUCUCGCCCGAUCCUCCCUCUCUCGAUUCUUUGCAUCCGGCACCCAAUCCCAAUCCCAAUCCCCUGCCGAUACUGACUCCGACGCCGAGCGACCUUCUGCCGAUUUCGACAGUUCCGAAUUCUCCCUUUUCAGUUCCACUCCCUCCGCCCCCCUUCGGCCGAUCUGGGACGAGGCCUACCGUGCAAAGGCCGACGCAGCUCUGUUUCAGAAGAGAGAGGCCUCUCGGAGCCUGAUCCAGCCAGAUGUCAUUGAGGAGGACGAGAAGACGGAGAGAGCUACCAGGCUCGCUAGGGCUCUUCUCGAGGCGGCGCUGGAGCCUCCCGAUGACGCCGAGGAGGAAAACAUGGCGGUGAAGGAGGAAGAUCAGCGGUCGCUCUCGGUUGGGGUCAUUGGGGCACCCAAUGCCGGAAAGUCUAGCUUGACAAACUUUAUGGUUGGAACAAAGGUUGCUGCAGUCUCACGGAAAACCAACACAACUACUCAUGAAAUUUUGGGAGUGAUGACAAAAGGAAAUACCCAAAUAUGUUUGUUUGAUACUCCAGGUCUCAUGAUAGGGCAUCAUGGAUACCCCUACAGGUCAGAUGUCAAGGUUCGCGUGGAGAGUGCUUGGAGUUCCAUUGAUCUAUACGACCUUCUGAUUGUGUUAUUUGAUGUACAUCGGCAUUUGACAGUGCCUGACAAUAGAGUGAUAAAUUUGGUUAAACGCCUAGGACAACAGGUUCAGUCAACACAAAAGCGGGUGUUAUGCAUGAACAAAGUUGAUCUUGUAGAAGACAAAAAAAAUUUGCUGAAAGUUGCAAAAGAAUUUGAAGAUCUUCCUGGAUAUGAAAGGUAUUUUAUGAUAUCUGGAUUAAGUGGUUCUGGAGUCAAAGACCUUGUCCAAUAUCUGAUGGAUCAGGCAGUUAAUAGGCCUUGGGACGAAGAACCCACAGCUAUGACUGAAGAAAUGAUGAAAACCAUAUCAUUAGAAGUUGUACGAGAAAAGAUGCUAAAUUAUAUUCACCAGGAAAUUCCCUAUGUUAUUGAACACCGGCUAAUGGAUUGGAAGGAACUGAGAGAUGGCUCUCUUAGGAUAGAGCAACACUUUAUUACACCAAAACAAAGCCACCGCCAAAUCAUUGUUGGAAAAAAUGGCUCUAAAAUUGGGAGAAUUGGCAUCGAAGCCAAUGAAGAGUUGAGAUCAAUAUUUAAAAAAGAGGUGCAUCUCAUUCUCCAAGUCAGAGUAGCUCGAAAGCGGAAUGCAUGAGGGAAGAUGGUUGUUUUUGUGCAUUAUAUAACCG